CCCUCUUCUCGCAGUGAGAAAGAAACGGUCUGGCUGUUUGUGACGAAGCGGAAGAAGCGACAACACCGCAGGAAAAGACUAUUCGUGAUUAAAUAACAAAUCAAUUGGAGGAUAGUCUGUCUGGCUAUUUGAGUCCAUGACCAGACAGUGAGAACGGAGAGGAGGGCUUGAAGGUAGCCUUUGUGUUGGUUAAGGCUUAGAGGACUGUAGAGUUUCCAGGGGAAAAGAUGAGUGAUGGAAUGGUAUUGUGUGAGACGAGAGCCCUGGCCUCCUCUUCCUCUCCAGUCCACAGGCUGGCUACGUCUGCAAUCCUCUUCCUCCUCCUCUCCCUGCUCCCCCACGGACACGCUUCAGGAUGCCCUCAGCCUCUGGCUGUACAGCACGGGGAGCUGGUGAACCAGACGGAGGCCAACCGAGGCUCCUUCCCUCCUGGUACCCUGCUGUCCUAUGGCUGUGAGCCGGGCUACGCCCCCGAUGGACCGGCCUCCAUCACCUGUACCACCGCUGGGACAUGGACCCGCCUGCCUCUACGCUGCAUCAGCACUAAUGUGUGCCCCCCUCCCACGGAGCCAGAGAACGGAGGGUACAGGUGCCACCCGUCCCCCUGCCACCGCCUCACCCAGAAGACCGUGAUAGAGUACUUCUGUGACGAGGGCUACGCUCUGAAGGGGGACUACAAGUUCCUCACCUGUCAGAAUGGGGAGUGGGACGCACCCAUGCAGAUCACCUGCCGCCUCAGCCCAGAUAAGGAGCUGCGGUCUCCAAUGGCGAUGCCAGCGCUGUCCAUCGUAGCGUCCACAGCCUCCUCUGUGGCCCUCCUGCUGCUGCUGGUGGUGCUGUUUGUUCUGCUGCAGCCCAAACUCAAGUCCUUCCACCACAGCAGGCGUGAGCAGGGUGUAUCAGGCCAGCCAGCCUCCAUGGUGGUGGAGGGGCUCCAGGUGGCCCUCCCCUCCUAUGAGGAGGCGGUUUACGGUAGCGGAGGUGCCUCCCUCCCACCGCCUCCAGAGUCCCGGGUCCAGAUCGUCCUGUCUGAGGGGCCCCAGGGGGCCGAGGGGCCCAGCAGUAGGUCUCAGUCCCACCAUCACAGAGAUACAGAGCUGUGCCUCCCCUCCACGUCCUCCUCUUCUUCAUCCUCCCGUCGCGCAGAGACAGUACUAGUCCACCAGGCCCCCUCUUCGUCGUCGUGGGUUAUGGAGCACGGAGGAGGUGCGUGUGGUGGUGUCGCGCCCCUGGUCACUCUGGCCAGACGUAGAGACUCCGAGAGCAGCGACCAGCACAGCCUGCUUUCUGUCACCUCCGUAGACGACUUCUCUGAUGAUAUCCCCCUGUUAAAGGAAGCCUGAUGCCCCUGCAGCAGGACCACUCCCCCUUACAGCUGACCAGGAAACACUGAGGCUUCUGCUGGGGCCUUCUACCUGAACUAUACCACCCUACCCUACAGCUGACCAGGAAACACUGAGGUUUCUGCUGGGGCCUUCUACCUGAACUAUACCACCCUACCCUACAGCUGACCAGGAAACACUGAGGCUUCUGCUGGGGCCUUCUACCUGAAUUAUACCACUCUACCCUACAGCUCUGAACCACAGAACUACAAAAUGUCCCAGCGUACCAAAAACAGGAAUCAUGUCAAAGAAACUCAACCUCCCUCCACGUCUGCAACUUCUCACACGGCUCAAAGACAAGAGCAGAGUCCAACUUCACCCCAAACUAUUACCAACCGUGAAAUUAGACAAAACUAUUUCCACCACCAGUAUCCUCUCCCCACGUCCCGGCUACCCCUUCUGCAAUGAUCUCUAAACUACUACCCAUGUACAGAAAACACAAGACUGCUCCCUCUCUCUCUUACUGGGAACUAACGAGCCCUUAAUGCCUACUGCCCCCCUCAGCUUCAGAAUGGACCUCAACACAGACAGGCAGGCAGACAGACAGGCAGACAGGCAGACAGACAGACAGGCAGACAGACAGACAGACAGGCAGACAGACAGGCAGACAGACAGGCAGGCAGGCAGGCAGGCAGGCAUCAAGUGGUUUCAGCUGAAUAUAGAUACAUAUGUAUAAAAACAUACGAUCUCAGAGUCCAGGUUUGGUACUGUCUGUCUGUUACAGCAGAGUCCAGGUUUGGUACUGUCUGUCUCACUAUGUACACAGCAGAGUCCAGGUUUGGUACUGUCUGUCUGUGUUACAGCAGAGUCCAGGUUUGGUACUGUCUGUCUGUGUUACUAUGUACACAGCAGAGUCCAGGUUUGGUACUGUCUGUCUGUGUUACAGCAGAGUCCAGGUUUGGUACUGUCUGUCUCACUAUGUACACAGCAGAGUCCAGGUUUGGUACUGUCUGUCUGUGUUACAGCAGAGUCCAGGUUUGGUACUGUCUGUCUGUGUUACAGCAGAGUCCAGGUUUGGUACUGUCUGUCUGUGUUACUAUGUACACAGCAGAGUCCAGGUUUGGUACUGUCUGUCUGUGUUACAGCAGAGUCCAGGUUUGGUACUGUCUGUCUGUGUUACAGCAGAGUCCAGGUUUGGUACUGUCUGUCUGUGUUACAGCAGAGUCCAGGUUUGGUACUGUCUGUCUGUGUUACAGCAGAGUCCAGGUUUGGUACUGUCUGUCUGUGUUACAGCAGAGUCCAGGUUUGGUACUGUCUGUCUGUCUCACUAUGUACACAGCAGACUCCAGGUUUGGUACUGUCUGUCUGUGUUACUAUGUACACAGCAGAGUCCAGGUUUGGUACUGUCUGUCUGUCUCACGAUGUACAUAGAAGAGUCAUUUAUGAAUAGCUCUGUUACACAGAACACACGUCUCUCUAGGCCUGCACCUGAUCAACCACACUCCCAAAGGCUUCAUCUCCAACUGCAAGGUUAGUGGAAAACAUACUGAUGUUUUUACCACGGCUGCUGAUGGUGAUGAUGACUGUGGAUACAGACUUGAACUUGUGCCUCUCUAGUGGGGAUAAAGAGUAUCUCUCUUCAGUGUCUUUGUUUGGGCCUGGGCUUUGUUCGCUGGCAUAGGCUGCAUGUUCUGUCUCUCUCUGUCUCUCUCUCUCUUUCUGAAACGUCCUGCGGCCCACACGGUAACCCUGUCUGUCCACUCUGAAUGAAGCUAGGCAUGAAGUCCCUCUCCAACUCUGCUGUCUCUCUCUCUCUUUCUUUCUUUCUUUCUUUCUUUCUGAAACGUCCUGCGGCCCACAUGGUAACCCUGUCUGUCCACUCUGAAUGAAGCUAAGCAUGAAGUCCCUGUCCAACUCUGCUGCCACUCUAGCAUCUCCAAGUAGGGCAUUGUCUUGGGUCAGACAGCGACACUUUUGUCUAGUGUUUGGUAGGAGUGAGGCCACCUGUCAGGAGACAAUGCACCAUGGGAUGGAUUUGAGCACGUCACCAGAGCCAGCGGCAGGGUUAUAAACAGACAGGCUUGCCCAGACAGAUCUGUGUCAUGAGAAAAAGAAGAUUAACGACACGCUUGCCUUUUUUUUUUCUGUUCGUCACAACAACCGAUACCUGUUAUGUGUUCUGCUCCCUUGUUGAUGUGGCUAUCUGGGGUGUCUUAGUGGCUACAGUAUAUUCUAGACACCUGUGUGUGUCUGUCUCUCUGUGUGUGUGUGUGUGUGUGUGUGUGUGUGUGUGUGUGUCUCUCUGUGUGUGUGUCUGUCUGUCUGUAUUUGGCCGUGGAACUGAACAACACAUGACUGUUUCAUGAAGGAAGAGUGUUACGCUGUAAUGUUAAAUUAACUAAGGCCUUGUUCUGUUCAAAGCAGGGGAGUUUAUUUUUUUUCAUGAUGAAAACCAUGUUGAUUUGUGUGUUUGGUGACUGCGCAUUGGGUAAUAUAUAUUUGUUUUUCCAAUCUAUUUAUUAUGUGUGUGUGGUGUGUGUGUGUGUGGCCAGGUUGGGUUUACAAGGAUGGGAUAUCUUCCCAUUUUCUGCAGAGUUGCUUCAAAACUGUUAGUAACCUUGCGGAUCUGAAUCUUUUAAAAAGCUGAAAAUCCUUGCUCAAAAACCAGCGCAUUGUAAACAACCAUUUUUCUUUUGUUUUAAUUAAAUGUUUGUUUUAAAUGUUCAGUUCAAAUUUGAAUGAGCACAGCUUUAAUGUAUCUCUGGUGUGUGAGGAAAGCAGGUCAUAUGCGUUUGGGAGAUGAGGUCACCACCCGAGUCCGUUAGUUCCAGACAGGGUCUGAGUUGAGUCGUUGUUUAAACUACUUUUUCCACAUUUGUUUUUAAAUUUUUUAAUUUUACAUUUGUGACUGUCUGUCCACCUGUCAUUUGUCAAUUACUUCAUAAACGCAAGCAGAGAAUGUUGCCUCUCAUUACUUAAGAUUUUGUUUGUAAUUUGCAUCCCAAGUUUCCUCCAUAUUUACCUGCUUUACGAAGUUGAAACGUCUUCAGUGUUUCCCCAGGGGCCUUACUUUUGACUUUACUAGUCACACAACUGUGUUUUUGUUUUUGGAUGCGAUUUGAAAUAAAGUCCAUCCUCUUCUCUCUCUGUCCUCCCCAAGGCUUCUUCAGCAACGGGGCUAUUCAAAAGGCUAAGCAUCUAAAACAAAUACCUUUUUUUUUUUUUUUUUUUUUUAAGAAAUUGUAAAUGUUGCAUUGAAGUGUAAAAAAAUAAGAAAGUUUUGAAGCAUUUUUCUGGCGUCCAGACCACUGUUCUACGGUGUUGUUUCCUAGAAAAGGACAAAAGAAAAAAGAAAAUAAUGUCCAUCUCUUGAUUCUGCAUUUCAAUGAUUUAAUGUUUUGGUUUUCCUCUGUACAUUGCAAUGGGCGUGAAGAUAGUAUUUUAAUAUUUGUAUAAAGUUUAAUUUAAUUCUACCAUGUGUACAUAACUAUUUCUUAUUAAAGCUUUCUUUUGAAAUGUG